GUAGGAGCAUGUCGAAGCAUGGCGACGCGAACAAACCAUAGGUCUAUUAUUGCGCUAGUGAAGUUUUCAUCGAAAUCUACCACAGCGCUAGUGCUGCACCAGUUUUCCCAGUAGAAAACGCUUAUUCUAACUUAUUGCACCAGUGCAGCAGUGCAGGAAUAAAAAACAAACCUUAUGUAUUGUGAACUGAAGCUUUUAAGGUUAAGUUGAUUCGUAAACACGUGUUUUCUAGUUUGAUCACGCAAUUAGUGCGAAAAAUGGCUGGAAAAAGUUUGGCUGAUAAAAUAAGUGCCUUAAUUACGACGAAACCAGAUUUUGGCUCAGACGAGGAGCCAGAGGAUACGAAAGCGAAAGUAGAACCUUACAGUGAGAGUGAUAUCUCAGAUGACUAUUUAGAGACGGCUGAAAUACGAAGACAGAAUAUUGAUACCUUAGAUCAAGUGGACAAGAGAUAUUCUGGUAAAAAAAUCUUAAGGAAAGAUAUAUACAUUGAGGAUGAUAAUAUUAGUAAGAAUGGAGAAUGCAUUGUCUCCAAGGACAAUGCUGAAGAUGAAGAAAUAGGUGGCCUGCUGAAUCAAAGAACUAAUAAAUUAGACCACAACGAAAACACAAAUUUGAAAGAAGAAUCUAUAAAUAAUUUGGAAAGUACAUAUGAUUGGAAGGAGCAAGACGAUUGUAAUAUGGCAGAGUUGGGUACUAUUCAACCUUGUAACAUGGAUGUCGGUGAUCUGUUUUACAAACGGAAGUUCUCUACUAUCAAAACAAUAUCUGAAACAAAUGUUAGGACAGAAAUAGAAAAAGGCAUCAGUAUUAGGAAUCAGCUGAAACUUUGGGAAAAUUUCUUGGAAAUGCGAAUAAAGCUACAGAAAUGUGUUGCAGUUAGUAAUAAAAUGCCACAAUACGAGAUGCAUAAGGAAUUUAGAUCAGACGUGGACUUCAUGAAAAAAGUUAAUGAAACUAAAAUGAAACUAGCACUAGUCAUAGAAAACAUGCUACAAUUGAAAGAUUUCUUAUUGAAACAAUAUCCCGAAACAAAAAAUCUACGCUUUGAUGCUAAGAAGAGAAAAACCAAGGAGAGAAAUAUUAAUACAAAUGAUUCGAUGGAUGAAGAGAUACCUUCCGAUACUGAAAACGAAUUCGAAAACGAAAAACAAUCAUCUGUUGAUGAAGAUACAAAAGCGAUUGAAGAAUCAAUACCUCAAAAACGUUUGAGAUAUAAUGACUACGAGAAAAUUAUACGAAACGAUCAUGAUUCCUAUAAAGAGUAUCGGGACUUUGUUAUUAAAAAAUGGAACGACAAGACACGGAUUGUCAUGGGUUCACUAAACAAAGAUUCGGGUCAGACUACGCUAAAACAAAUUGAGUUUGCUAUGAGUGACAUAAAUAAGUUACGAAAGAGAACUCAAUUAAAGCGUUCCGAGUACAAUAUUGUUGGUAAAGCUUUGUCGAAUGAAAGUAAUGACGGUAAAAGAAUUCAAGAAUAUGAUCCAGAAAUUUAUGAUGAUGACGAUUUUUAUCAUCAGUUGUUAAGAGAUCUGAUAGAGUAUAAAUCUUCAGACGUGACUGAUUCUAUACAACUCAGUAAACAGUGGAUUCAAUUGCAGAACUUACGUAAGAAGAUAAAAAGGAAAAUUGAUACUCGCGCGACGAAAGGCAGGAAGGUACGAUACAAUGUGCACAAUAAGUUAGUUAAUUUUAUGGCACCCAUUACAGUAUACAACACGUGGACAGACAAUGCAAAAAACGAACUAUACAAUUCGUUGUUUGGUAAAAUAAAAUUGACGAAAGAAUAGAACAGUAAUUAUGGCUAUGUAAACUGUAGUUUGUAAUUUUACAUUAGAAUAUAUAAAAUGUGCAAAUUUAUAUUUAAAUUUAUGUUUAAUUAUAUCUAUUAAUAAAUAAAUAUUGUCGUUUCC